AUGUCCGAGGACCUCCGCGAUGAGGUAGAGGCAUUAAAUUCCAUCUACGGCGAAGGCUGUCUAAUCCCCUCUGAGGAUCAAGACGAGACCCCAGUAUCCUCAUCAGCGACAUACAUCUUACAACUACCGGGCGAUGAGUCUUCGUCACUGAGACUACAGUUCCCGGCGGCAUAUCCGGCUGAGCCCCCAAGUGUUUUAGGGACGCAGCAUAGUUCCGGGGGCAGAAAGGGCGCCGGCGCGAGGGACCUGGGCGUAUUCAGGGAAGCUCUAGGGACGGUCUUCCAGCCAGGCAGCGUAUGUCUCUUUGACGCAGUAGAAGAGUUCUCAAGAAGGAUAGAGGAGGACAAGGAGCAGGAAGAAGAUGACGACGUUGAAGGCGAAGGCCAGAAUGCAGCCCGGGGCGAAAGGACAGUCGACAACAACGCCGGCCAAGUGGAUUUCGCAACCAUGCCGCCCCCGCCAUGGACGCUCUCCGAAGUCGUCGUGGAGAACAAAUCGACCUUUGUAGCGCACGUUGCGCGGGUGUCGUCCCCCGCCGAGGCGAAGCUCUUUCUGCAGCACCUCCUCUGGUCAGACAAGCGCAUACGCUCCGCGACACACAACAUCACGGCGUGGCGGAUCCGCGGCGCGGGCGGCGUGAGCUAUAAUGAUUGCGACGACGAUGGGGAGGAUGCGGCGGGGGGAAGGUUGCUGCACUUGCUGCAGCUGAUGGAGGUUUGGGAUGCCAUGGUUGUGGUGACGAGGUGGUAUGGCGGCGUCAAGUUGGGGCCGAGGCGGUUUGCGUUGAUUAAUAGCGUUGCGAGGGAUGGGCUUGUGAGGGCGGGG